AUGCGUCCAGAGCCAUAUACGGAUCGCGCCUCUCAGCGAAACGUAAGGAGGGAACGAGGCACGGCAGACAAAGCUCAGCGAUAUACGAUGUUUCACAAAGUUUCACUGCUCCAGUUGUUUGACUUCCGAGUCGAAGACAGCGAGGUGCAGCAUAAAAGUUUUUUAAGGGGUUCCUAUGGUCUGUUUGAUUUCCUGGACAUUCUUCGUUCGAAGAUUGAGAAACCAGUAGAGCGCUGUAUGGCAUGCAUCUCCAUUUGCGACCCCACGAUGCUCCCUGGAGUUGGGUACGGUUCUUUACAGAAUUCUAUUCGGAGAGAUUUCGAAAGCUUCAACUUGUCUACGCCAUGUGCCGUAAACUCGGGUUGA